CGUCAUCGACUAUGGGUAUAGAACAAACUCUGAAAACUACCCGCAUUAAUGUGCAAUGCACUUUGUCUUGAAAGUAUUUUCUUUGCAGAUUGAACCCGAUAUUGUGCUUAUCUUUUAAUGACAUACAUCAAGAAUUCGUGUAAUCGUUAUCGUGCGACCGUGCGAGUGACUUUUUAAUCUAGAUGAGCGGUUAAAGUGGUUCCUCGUGCUUAAAAAAGUGCUCUCGGACAAGAAAUAAAUAUGGCGCAAAGAUUUCCGGUGCCUAACGCAGCGAGCAAUGGGCCUCCGCCGCCGCAAAGGUACCCAUCACCCUCGGUGCCACCGAAUAUGAGACAGUACUCUGGACCCAAUUUUCCUAUGCAGCAAAGAUCAGGCUUCACCCCACCACCACAGAUUGGCUCUGGAGGACCUGGUCCUGGAGGCAUCAUGAGACCCAAUCAGCCUUAUUCAAAUAUGAGACAAGGCCCAUUGUCGACACCUCCUGGUGGCAAGAGGAGCGCGGAUCAGCGUUUACCCAUACCACAGCAAAAGCCUGACUUUUCACAUUCCACUUCUAAAAAGAAGAAAAAAUUAGCCGACAAAAUUCUGCCGCAAAAAGUACGUGAUCUAGUGCCCGAGUCGCAAGCUUACAUGGACUUGUUGGCGUUUGAGCGCAAGCUUGAUGCCACGAUCAUGCGAAAGCGUCUCGAUAUCCAAGAAGCGCUUAAACGGCCUAUGAAACAAAAGCGCAAGUUGAGGAUCUUUAUCUCUAAUACUUUCUAUCCAGCCAAAGAGGCUUCUGAAAACGAGGAAGGUUCCGUGGCCAGUUGGGAAUUACGAGUUGAAGGAAGACUUUUGGAUGACAAUAAAAAUGAUCCUAACAAGGUUAAGCGAAAAUUUUCCUCAUUUUUCAAAAGCCUAGUCAUAGAAUUGGAUAAGGAUUUGUAUGGACCAGAUAAUCACCUAGUGGAAUGGCAUCGUACAUUGACAACUCAAGAAACUGAUGGUUUUCAAGUAAAGAGACCUGGUGACAAGAAUGUCAGAUGCACAAUCCUUCUACUACUAGAUUAUCAGCCUUUGCAGUUUAAGCUUGAUCCUCGAUUAGCGCGUUUGUUGGGCGUGCAUACGCAGACGCGACCAGUCAUCAUUUCGGCCCUCUGGCAGUACAUCAAGACUCACAAACUUCAGGAUUGCCAUGAACGAGAAUAUAUUAAUUGUGAUAAAUAUCUAGAGCAAAUUUUUACUUGCCCAAGGAUGAAGUUUGCUGAGAUUCCUCAGCGUUUGAAUCCUCUGUUACAUCCUCCAGAUCCAAUUGUUAUAAACCAUGUUAUUAGUGUCGAAGGUACGGAAACAAAGCAGACAGCCUGUUACGAUAUUGACGUAGAAGUGGACGAUACGCUAAAGACGCAGAUGAACAAUUUUUUGCUAUCAACUGCGAGUCAGCAAGAGAUUCAGAGCUUGGACAACAAGAUCCACGAAACAGUCGAGACCAUAAACCAGCUCAAGAUCAAUCGCGAGUUUUUCCUAAGUUUUGCCAAGGACCCUCAACAGUUCAUCAACAAAUGGAUCAUAUCACAAACCAGAGAUCUAAAGACAAUGACAGAUGUUGUUGGAAAUCCAGAAGAAGAGCGCAGGGCUGAAUUUUACUACCAGCCUUGGGCUCAAGAAGCUGUCUGUCGAUACUUUUAUACCAAGGUUCAACAGAAACGCGCAGAGCUGGAGCAGGCUCUUGGGAUACGAAAUUCGUAAAAAAAAAUGUAAUGUCGACGUAUUUCUAAUUUUAACGAUUUAUUAUGGUCAAACACAAUUGAGUUUGACUCAGUAAGAUCAUGAAAAUGAGUUUUUGUAACUAUUUUGAAGAAUAUUUUUAAGAUAAUAAUGUAGAAUGGACGUGUGAUUGAAAGCGGAUUCUGUGUAUGGUAAAAACGUAUCAUUACAUUGUAAAUCAUCAAUAUACUAAAUGAGAAUUUUAUAUGUAGGCUUGUAAAAAAUAAAAUUUUACUCAUAAUGCUA